GGUUGUCCAAUGGCAAUUACUGCUCGUGGUGAUUACCAGCUAAAGCUUAAAGCCAGGCAAAAAAUCCAGUCAUCGAAAGAUCCACUUGAAAGGCUUCGGCUAGCUUGUUUGGCUCGAGGAGGCUCAGGUAUACUUGGAUUUGGAAGACAGUUCAGAAUUAUUGAUGAUAACGGAGAUAAGAAAUUGGAUAUGCGCGAAUUCGCCAAAGGGUGUCAAGAUUUUGGAAUCGACUUUACUAGAGAAGAAAUAAGAGAGGUUUUCGAACACCUGGAUAAAGAUGGGAGUGGGCAUAUCGACUUUGAUGAAUUCUUGGAAGCUCUUCGUCCUCCCAUGCCAAAGUGCAGAGUUGAGUUGAUAAAUCAAGCCUUUAACAAAAUGGAUCGCACAAGAGACGGCUAUAUAACUGUAAGUAACUAUUUUGUUAUAAUGCAUUCUUUCAAAUCGUCUGAAGAUUUGAAGGGUGUUUAUAAUUGCAAGUUUCACCCGAAAUACCGAAACGGCGAAUGGACUGAAGAACAGGUCUUCAACGAAUUUCUCAAGAAAUUUGAAGCACCUAAUGAAAUUGAUGGGAAGGUUUGA